AUGCCAUCCUUCCUGACCAACAUCGUGCCUCCAAUAUCGAAUACGCUUCUUGCCCUAGACAUAUCCGCCAAUUUUCUAAGUGCGCUGCCGCCGGUCCUUGCGCACUGUGCUAAUCUCGAAGAACUUAACGUUGCAUAUAAUCCCUUACGAGUCCUACCUGUAUUUGUCGCCCAUCUCACCAACCUCCGCGUCCUUAUCGCCGAUUCGACGGGGAUCUCUACACUCCCAGAGGCUCUCGUCGACCUCGACCGACUGCACACGAUCAGUAUUCGGAAGAACAAGCUGCACGCCUUGCCCAGCUGGUUAUGCCUCCUUCCGGCACUCGGUACUCUUAUCGUCGAUGGCAACCCCUUCCAGGGACCUUGGAAAGCACUGGUCGAUCCGCUCUUGACGAAGUCACCUACCACACCUGCGUAUCCGCCCUCUACUCCCAUGAUGCCGCAUUCCUCCGAGGCAUCUACAUACACCGACUCGGAGGAUUCAGAUGAGGAGGAGUCCGGCCCGACGCGACACAGUGGGUUGUAUGACAAGCUCACAGCGGAGGAGGAAGAGCAAACCAUCACGCCCGACCGACUGCCGCCCGUUGGUGCAGAGCAGAUACCGCCGACACCACCCAUCCCUACUUCGCCGCGAGGAUUGACGCGCACGCGAACGACACCCAACCGUGCUUUCUACGGACAGAACCGCGCCAAGAGCACCGUAGACGAGCCAGUCAGUGCGACGCCAGAAGACUCCAACUUCGCCGAACGUGAAGUGAGGAGGAUGAAGAGCGCUGGCGACAUUCGCAGAGGACGACCUUUCGCUCCGCCGACCCCGGAGGAUCCCAGCUCAUCGCGACCGCCGCUGCAGCGUGUCGCGGCUUCGAGUUCGAAUCUCCUGAUGUCGACCUCACCUCCAACUACACCCGAGCGACCGGGCAUGAGCAAGCGCUUCGCGAGCGUGGGCGCCGCAGCCACUAUCGGCGCGUUCGGUCGUGGGAGCGAGCAUGCGUCACGCCGCCCCUUGGCUCAAUCGAUGUGGGAUAACUCGCCCGAUAGCACUACCACAGAGGAGCACCUGUCCCCGGGGCGCGGGUCCGGGCCCUCGUCGCCGGGCAUGGUGACUUCGCCUGUGCCGACGGAGUCCCCUGUAGACUGGAGCGACGGGAAGAGCAUCUUGCGAGGACGACGUGGAAGGGAUGGCAAGGAGGGCAAAGAGAAGAGCGGCCGGUGGGGUUUCCUGAAGAAGAUGUCGAUGGGGAAGAUGAACGCAUCGAAGACGGAGGUGCCGACGUCACGUCCGCCUACCCAAAGGACGAUGCCCCAGAUCGAUAUGCGCUUCUCGACUAUGGGCUCCUUGGACGCCGUCGUACCUUCGCGAACGCCGCCAGACUCGCCGCAGCUGAACAAGAAGGCCUCCGUAGACGCGUUGAGGGUAGUAACAUCGCCUCCGCCACCAUCUACUCAGCCAUCAUUGCCGUCCCCGCCGCCUUCCGGUAACAGCUUGUUGACUCCGACUACCGGUCUCACAGCGAAGUCCGCCAAGCGGCGAAGCUUUUUGCCGCUCGACACACAUAGUCUGUCAAUCGCGACACCGGAUGCGGGGUCUUUCGUUGGGUCCAUGACAGCGACCAGUGAGGAGGAAGCUGCCGACCUCGAGGACCGGCAGGCCACGCCGAGCCCCGGUCCGCCGUCUAUAGACCACCAUGAGCUCAUGCGGAUGGAGGAGGACAGGCAGCGGGAAGCUUAUUCUCGGGCUUUGCGCUCCGUAAUGGCGUACCUCAAGGACAUGAACGACCUGAGCCUGUCGCAGCAGCCUAUAGCCAGCCAGGAGGACUCGAUGUUCAUGACACGCCCACGCCGCGCGACUGCGGCGGAUGGCACGACGUCACCAGGGUCUAUCGCCUCGUCGGAGGGUCAGCUGCGGUCCACGGACUCCAUCCGUAUGAACGGUAUGGGCCAGACGAUGAGCAUCGCGCCUUCGGAGUUCAGCCAAGGUUCGGGCGAUGAGCGCAAGUACAAGGACGACAAGGGCAAGCGUGCACUCAUUGUGCGGGAGAUUGUCACGACCGAGCGGACGUAUGUCAAGGGCUUGCACGAGUUGAUGGAUAUCUACAUCAAGCCGGCUUCUCAGCAUGCGAAUAUGUUGACCGGCGUAGGGUCGAACAAAGACCCGGCCAUUGUACCAGCGCCGGAGCGCAAGAUCGUGUUUGGGGGCGUCGAAGCGCUGUGCUCGUUCCACAAGGACAUAUUCCUCCCGGCACUAGAAGUCGCCGCGGCGCCAGUGCUCGUCAACCCCUCGGUCCUCGAGGAGGCGGACUCGGACGGGCAGCUAUCAAUGAACGUCGCGCGGGCAGUUGGCAACACGUUCCUGCGGCAUGCCGCGUUUAUGAGGAUGUACUCGACCUAUAUCAACAACUUCGACCAUUCAGUGCAGCGGGUUAAGUACUGGAUGACGGAGCGGACGACCGGUACUAACAGUCCCGGAUCGAGUGCACCCCCGUCAUCCAGUGUUGCCCAGCUUGCUGGAAUGGGGAUGGCCAUCUCCGCGAUCUCUGGUGCGGAUGGCUCGUCCGCUAUGUCUGGGCCGGGGACGCCGCCUCUGUCGACGUCGCAGCGCAAGAGAAUACGCCAGUUCCUGAAGCGCUGCCGGAUGAACCCGCGGCACUCGCAGUUGAACCUGGAGGGAUACUUGCUUUUGCCUGUGCAGCGAAUACCGCGCUAUAAGCUUCUGCUCGAGCAACUAAUGCGUAGCGCGCCUCCGGCUUUCGACCUUAUGGACGAUCCCAUAGACCGCGCCCUGCAGGAAAUUUCGUCGCUGGCCAACAACAUGAACGAAGGGAAGCGCGAGUCUGAAUCGCGCCGCAAACUAGUCCAGUGGCAGGCGCGCAUAAGAGGGCGCUUCCCAAGUCCCUUGGUGCAACCACAUCGUCGUCUGAUCAUGGAUGGACCACUAUUAUUGACACGGGUCGUCCGGAAGACGGUGGUGUCCUUCGAUGCGUUCAACUCACAGGGUGACCCGUCGACGGUGCAGGUGGAUUGCCUGGCGCCGGAGCUGACGCCGCGACCGCUCAUCGGGAUCUUAUGCAACGACCUGUUGGUUCUAUGCCGUGACCCCUCGGAGGGUCAGGACCCCAACUCGGCCGUGGAUCUGUGGGCCGUCUUGCGAAUGCAGACUUUGCCGCAGCCGGCGAGCAUCGUGCACGGUAAUGCAUUGCGGUUAGUCGAUAACAAGGCUAUCCUUUAUUUCGAUGCACCGUCACCGUCGGAUGCUCUGAAUUGGUAUAGAGCAAUCAACCUGCACAUCCCCGCCUCGAAGAGCUGA